AUGGUGGUCUCCCCCAGUCAAACAACACAACACUGCGAGGUGGACAAUGCCAAUGUUCUAAGUACCAUGACUUUUAACGUUGGAUAUUACAACAAUGCUGGACUCAAUCCUGGAUGGUCAGCUUCUCUUGUGGAGGGAACAAAUCUCAUUAGAUUUGUGCCAAUCGUUGUAGGUGCUCCAUCAGGGGAUAUGAGUCUUGUCAUUGUGAACAAUGUUCUGCUAAAGGACCCUAUUCCAGUGACGAACAACUUCACCAUGAGUUUUGUGAACUCUCUCACGACAAUAGCAUCAUUUAAUUCUAACAGUGCCUAUUAUGGGUUGAAGAGAAUGGUGCGGACAAACUUCCCAAAUAUCAAUGCCAUUUAG